GAUGAGGGUCUGAGGCCACAGUCGCCUCAAAGUGACCAAGGACCAAGCAGCCUCUAAUGGACAGGCAAACCAACCUCUGUUCUCCUAGAAAAGAAGAAAUGCUCUUCUGAAAUUCAUCAUCUUUCUGGAGGUUUCAAACUGACCAAGCCUUGAAAAGAAGGUAAGAAGAAAACAGGUUUCAGGGCCUCUGCGUUUCCUGCUGAGAGCGAAGAGUGCAUGAAGACAAUUCAAAUAUGUCAGAGACUUCGUCCCAUGACUCCUUCUAUGAUUCCUUAUCAGACAUGCAGGAAGAAAGCAAGAAUGCUGACUUCUUCCCGGGGUUAUCUGCUUUUCUCAGCCAGGAAGAGAUAAACAAGAGCCUUGACCUGGCCCGGAGAGCUAUAGCCAACUCUGAAACAGAGGAUUUUGACUCAGAGAAAGAGAUCUCACAGAUUUUCAACACCUCUCCUGUCAGCCUCCGUGAAAAUCCUUCCCACAAGGAUACAAAACUGGGGGAGCAAAUCUCCUCAGUAAAACCUCAGAAUACUAAGCCAGCACCUAUCCAGUCUCCAGCAGAAGAACCGAAUGAGAGGAUCUCGUCACCUCUUUCAAGGAGGAAAUCUGCUGUGUCCCCCCAGUUUGCUAGACCCAGUUACAUCCGGAGCCUCCGAAAGGCUGGCAAACGCGGUGCAAAAACUCCCAACACAAAUGCAAGGCCCAAACCAGCUCAUCAAAGUAAAGCUGGUCCCCACAGUGAGCUCUGCGACAAGGCGGCUAAUUUCAUUGAGGAACUGACAUCUAUAUUCAGAGGGGUAAAACCAAGAAAUAGGAGCCCGAAUGGGGAGUCUUCAUCACCAGACAGUGGAUACCUUUCUCCUAAAAAUCAAUCAUCGGCCCUGAUGACUGCCUCGACCAGCCAGAGCCCUACAGAAGAGCAUCAAGAGAUGGAAGCAGAGGUCAAGUUACCUGCGGCCAGGCACUGCUACCAGGCUGACCAGAACAUGGCCAGGCCACGGUGUAACAGCAUCUCUCCCCUGCAGCCCUCCAAAGCCCCCCACUUACCAUCUGCACCUCGGUUCAUCCAGAAGCUAAGGAGCCAAGAAGUCGCAGAAGGAAGUCGUAUUUAUUUGGAGUGUAGAGUCACUGGGAACCCAACCCCUCGAGUCAGGUGGUUCUGUGAGGGGAAAGAGCUGCACAACACUCCCGACAUUCAAAUCUUGUGUGAGGGCGGGGACCUCCAUAAACUGAUCAUAGCGGAGGCCUUUGAGGAGGAUACUGGCCGUUAUACCUGCCUGGCUACAAACUCUAGUGGCUCAGACACAACUUCUGCCGAGGUAUUCAUUGAAGGAGCCAGUUCAACAGAUUCUGACAGUGAAAAUUUAGUUUUUAAAUCAAAAGCUGGAGAUAUGCCACAAGCUCAAAAGAAAACAACUUCGGUUUCCUUGACAAUAGGAUCAUCAUCUCCAAAAACAGGAGUGACCACAGCUGUGAUUCAACCCUUAUCUGUCCCUGUUCAACAGGUUCACAGUCCAACUUGGUAUCUCUGCCGUCCUGAUGGAACCACCGCAGCCUGCUUUCCUCCUGUUUUUACAAAGGAACUGCAAAACACCACCGCCUCCGAGGGCCAGGUCGUGGUGCUGGAGUGCCGGGUCCGGGGAGCACCCCCACUGCAGGUCCAGUGGUUCCGGCAGGGAAUCGAAAUCCAAGACUCUCCAGAUUUCAGAAUCCUACAGAAAAAACCUAGAUCUACGGCAGAACCUGAGGAGAUUUGUACCCUCGUUAUCGCUGAGACGUUCCCUGAAGAUGCAGGAAUCUUUACCUGUUCAGCAAGAAACGAUUUUGGAUCAGUGACCAGCACUGCCCAGCUGGUUGUCACCUCAGCUGAUAUGGAGAGCUAUAGUUACAAUACAAUGGGGAAAUCCAACAACGAUCAGUUCCCACAUUUUCCACCUCCUCCUCCAAACUUGGAGACAAAUUCCUUUGAGUUGGCUUCCAAGAAACCACCUGAGAUCCAGCAGGUGAAAAGCCCUGGUUUUGGACACAGUAUGGCUGCCCUUCAAAUGCAAUUCAAUUCUGCUGAGAGGGAAACUAACGGAGUCCAUCCCAGUCAUGGAGUAAAUGGGCUGAUCAACGGCAAAGCUAAUGGAAAUAAGUCUCUACCAACAGCAGCCGUCCUGCUUUCGCCUACUAAGGAGCCACCACCUCUGCUCGCCAAACCAAAACUGGACCCGCUGAAACUCCAGCAGCUGCAGAACCAGGUCCGCCUGGAGCAGGAGGCCUGCGCGCGCCCGCCCGGGCCGCCCUCGCCGCCCUUCCCGCCGCCGCCCGGCCUCCCCGAGCCCGCGGCCCCCGCGCCGCCCGCCGCCGCCGAGCCCAUGAGCGCGCUCGCCUCCCGCGCCGCCUCCGCCAUGCAGCCCUCCGGCUCCUUCAACUACGCGCGCCCCAAGCAGUUCAUCGCCGCGCAGAACCUGGGCCCCGCGUCCGGCCACGGCACGCCCGCCUCCAGCCCCAGCUCCUCCAGCCUGCCGUCGCCGCUGUCCCCGCCGCCCCGGCUGUUCGGGCGCGGGCCCGCGCCGCCCUUCGGAGCCGAGCCCGACGCGCCCUGGUGCCCGUCCUCGCCGUCGCCCCCGCCGCCGCCGCCCCCGGUCUUCAGCCCCACGGCCGCCUUCGCGGUGCCCGACGUGUUCCCGCUGCCGCCGCCGCCGCCGCCGCUGCCCAGCUCGGCCCCGGGCUCGCACUGCUCCUCGCCCGCCGCGCGCUUCAGCCCCGGACAGACGCCCGCCGCCUUCCUCAGCGCCCUGCUGCCCUCGCAGCCGCCGCCAGUGGCCGUCAACGCCUUGGGGCUGCCCAAGGGCGUCACCCCCGCGGGAUUUCCAAAGAAGGCCAGUAGAACUGCUAGAAUAGCUUCUGAUGAGGAGAUCCAAGGCACAAAAGAUGCUGUCAUUCAAGACCUGGAACGAAAACUUCGCUUCAAGGAGGACCUCCUGAACAAUGGCCAGCCGAGGCUGACAUAUGAAGAAAGGAUGGCUCGUCGACUGCUAGGUGCAGACAGUGCAACUGUCUUUAAUACGCAGGAUCCGGGGGAAGAAACACCUAACCAGGCUUCUCCUCAUGCUUCUCUAGGGAGUCCUCUGGAUGGUCAAAAGGAAUACAAAGUCUCCAGCUGUGAACAGAGACUCAUCAGUGAAAUCGAGUACAGGCUAGAGAGGUCCCCUGUGGAUGAGUCAGGGGACGACCUUCAGUACGGGGACGGGCCUGUGGAAGGCGGAGUGGCGCCCUUCUUUGAGAUGAAGCUGAAACAUUAUAAGAUCUUUGAGGGAAUGCCUGUAACCUUCACGUGUAGAGUGGCUGGGAAUCCAAAGCCUAAGAUCUAUUGGUUUAAGGAUGGGAAGCAGAUCUCUCCAAAGAGUGAUCACUACAUCUUUCAAAGAGACCUUGAUGGGACCUGCUCUCUCCAUACCGCAGCCUCUACCCUAGAGGAUGAUGGGAAUUACACGAUCAUGGCUGCCAACCCUCAGGGCCGUGUCAGCUGUACAGGACGGCUGAUGGUACAAGCUGUCAACCAGAGGGGCCGCAGUCCACGCUCUCCCUCAGGCCAUCCACAUGUCAGAAGGCCUCGCUCUAGAUCAAGGGACAGUACAGAUGAAAAUGAACCAAUUCAAGAGCGAUUCUUCAGACCUCACUUCUUGCAGGCUCCCGGAGAUCUGACUGUUCAAGAAGGAAAACUCUGCAGAAUGGAUUGCAAAGUCAGUGGAUUACCAACCCCAGAUCUAAGCUGGCAACUAGACGGAAAGCCCAUACGUCCUGACAGUGCUCACAAGAUGCUGGUCCGUGAGAAUGGGGUGCACUCUCUGAUCAUAGAGCCAGUCACAUCCCGAGAUGCCGGCAUCUACACUUGUAUAGCCACCAACCGAGCAGGACAGAACUCCUUCAGCCUGGAGCUUGUGGUUGCUGCUAAGGAAGCACACAAACCUCCUGUAUUCAUUGAGAAGCUCCAAAACACAGGAGUUGCUGAUGGGUACCCAGUGCGGCUGGAAUGCCGUGUUUUAGGAGUCCCGCCGCCUCAGAUAUUUUGGAAGAAAGAAAAUGAGUCACUCACCCACAGCACUGACCGAGUGAGCAUGCACCAAGAUAACCACGGCUACAUCUGCCUGCUUAUUCAAGGAGCUACAAAGGAAGACGCCGGGUGGUACACUGUGUCAGCCAAGAACGAAGCAGGGAUUGUGUCCUGCACUGCCAGGCUGGAUGUUUACACCCAGUGGCACCAGCAGCCACAGACCACCAAGCCAAAGAAAGUGCGGCCCUCAGCUAGUCGCUAUGCAGCACUUUCAGACCAAGGACUAGACAUCAAAGCAGCGUUCCAACCUGAAGCCAACCCAUCUCACCUGACACUGAAUGCAGGCUUGGUAGAAAGCGAGGACUUGUAAUCCAGUGUUCUUGUUAAAGCUGAAAUACCGAAACAGCCAUUGCCUUGACCAACAAGUUUCUCUGUCACAUUAUGUAAAAGGCAGAAAUAUACUUUGACUUACAAGAAAUAAAAAACACCAAAAUAAUAUUUUUCUUACUUGUUAUACCAAACUUAGAGUUUAAGUAGGUGAUGCUUAUAGAAAUGUACACAUUGCACACAAAAUUUACAUUUAUUGUCCAAUUUAAAACUUUAGGAAUUGCUGUGAUAAAAGUGGCCUGAAAUGCCAAAAUGUUAAAGAAAAUCAGUAGUAACAAUUUACAUUAUCUACAAGUGCCUUUAAACACAAGCUAUAGGUGCUACAUAGCACAACAGUGUGAAAUGUUCAACAUGAUACUACAAGGAUUCUAAAGUGCAGUGUAUUCAGACGCUCAAGUGAAUCAAGUGCAAUAUUUAAGGAUGAAAAAGGAAAAGAAAAUGACAAAGAAAUCCAAGUAAAUGCCUUGUCUUUGCAAAUUGUCUUAUAUGAAAUCAUAGGGAAGGAACUACUUGCCCUAAAUCUUAUAAUAUCAAUUUUUCUAGUAUCUUAGUUCUUAACCUUUUUUUCUUCUUUUGUGUAGUAUUUUCUUUUCAUGCUACCUUGGUAGGAAGCUUAUUUACAAACCAUAUUAAAAGGCUAAUUUAAAUAUAAAUAAUAUAAAGUUUUCUGAGUAAAGCAGAAAUAUAUUACAGUCCAUUCCACAAAAGCUAUCCAAACCAUCCAGAUGGAUGAGCAGGGUGUACAGUAUUUGGAGGAAACAGGUUUGGAAUGAGUAGGGAAGAGAAUGAAGGAAACCUCUUUCAGCACAGCUACACUCUGUUCACUUAGAUAAAAGUAGAAUGGGGAGGAAGGGUGGCAAAGGCCAGGUUUUUCUUUGGUUUUCUUGAAAAUUAAUUUUAAAAUGUAGAUUGGGGGAAAAAACCACUGCCAUUUAAAAGUCAAGAAAUCUAGGGUCAGCUGGAAGUGUGGAGCACAUGUGCUAUGGGGAUCUCAGUGUAUCUGGAGCUUGUGUGAUAUCUGAAGACUUUAGAUGUGUAGAGCAAGUUGAAAAUGGAUUGAGACUGCAAGAGUGGCAUAAAUGAAAACUGCCUGUAGGACUAGUCUACGUGAGAGAAAUGGAGACUUAAAAGAGAGACAAAAACAGGUCUGUGCUAUACUGUAUCUUUUCCACUGGCACAAAGAUAUAGACAAUGGAAAAUAGUUCACUUCCCUGCUGCCAUGAAACAUCAUCUUAAGAAGGUGCUAGGUUCUGAGUAGUUUUUAGGGCAUCGCUUCAGAGACCACUUUUUGAAUGCAUAUGAUUCUGCAUCAGCUAGAAUGAAAUGACUCUGACCAGACUUGAUGGUUUUAAGUCGGAACCAAUGAAAUUUUUCAGUGAGAAAAAAUAAUUUGGACUAAUAGUAGAAAACAUGAGGCUUUAAUGGUACUUUGCUAAGAAAAGAAAACACUGUAUCCCUUGUGCGAAACACAUAUAUCUUUCAUUAUUUAUAAUAAAAGUGUUGAACUUUCUUAGGUCAGUUACUCAAUUCAUACAUAGUAUUUUUAAAAUAAUUUUAUAUCUGUAUACCACCCCAUAUUAUUUCAUAUUACUGCUUCACAUGUACAGCUUUCUAUGUCUUUGUAAGAACACCAACCAACCAAAUGAUUAAUGAUUUUUUAAAUGAUUAAUGAGCACGGGUGGCAGAUACUCUAUGAGUGUGGUACAAGUUUCUUUGACCACACUUACAUGCAUUGCUAAUGUGGAGUUUAAGAUAACAUACAGAGUCUCAUGGACCUACCUAUAGUGUAGAACUAAUGGUUUAUGUCAUAGCUAACUUGCCAAACUUUUUUGAAUGUGACUUUUUUUUUUUUUUUUUGCUAAUUUUCUGGGUUGGGGAUUAACUAGCAUUAUUUUGCCACCUUUUAUGUUGUAUUUAUAAAAAAAAAAGUACUAUCAUGCUACUUUGGAUUGUCGUGCUGGUGUAAUGUGAAUUUAACAUCAAUAAAUAUUUAACAAAUAA